AUGCACGGACCCAGCCUCUGGAGCCUCCUCGCUCUCGCGCUGCUGCUCAGCUGCUGCGCCGCCUGGGAGGAGAGGGGGUCCCCGCGCCCGCGGGGCGUCUCGCAGGACAGCCCGCUUUCCCCCGGGGCCGCGGUGACCCACACUGCCCGCACGCCCGGGCUCAAGGGCUCCGGCUCCAACGCGUCCAGCUCGGCUGUGCCCGGGAGCGGCCGAGCCGGCGACCCCGGCCGAGCCCGCUCGCUGUCUCCGCCCAUGUGCACCGGGCAGACGGAGGUGAAGGAAACGUUCAAGUACAUCAACACGCUGGUGUCCUGCCUGGUGUUCGUGCUGGGCAUCAUCGGCAACUCCACGCUGCUGCGCAUCAUCUACAAGAACAAGUGCAUGAGGAACGGCCCCAACAUCCUGAUCGCCAGCCUGGCCCUGGGGGACCUGCUCCACAUUACCAUCGCCAUCCCCGUCAACGUGUACAAGCUCCUUGCAGAGGACUGGCCCUUCGGAGUUGAAAUGUGUAAACUGGUGCCCUUCAUUCAAAAGGCAUCGGUGGGCAUCACUGUGUUAAGUUUGUGUGCCCUCAGUAUUGAUAGGUAUCGAGCAGUUGCUUCCUGGAGCCGAAUCAAAGGAAUUGGAGUGCCAAAGUGGACUGCCGUUGAAAUUGUAUUGAUCUGGGUUAUGUCAGUCGUCUUAGCUGUUCCUGAAGCUAUAGGUUUUGAUAUGAUUGUUAUGGAAUAUAAAGGAAAGCAUCUUAGAAUCUGUAUGCUUCAUCCCACACAAAAAACAUCCUUUAUGCAGUUUUACAAGACAGCUAAAGAUUGGUGGCUGUUUAGCUUUUAUUUCUGUUUGCCAUUGGCCAUCACAGCACUUUUUUAUACUCUGAUGACCUGCGAGAUGUUAAGAAAGAAAAGUGGAAUGCAGAUUGCUUUAAAUGACCACUUAAAACAGAGACGCGAGGUGGCCAAAACUGUGUUCUGUCUGGUGCUUGUCUUUGCCCUGUGUUGGCUCCCCCUUCACCUAAGUAGGAUUUUGAAGCUCACUAUAUAUGAUCAAAGAGACCCCAAUAGAUGUGAACUUUUGAGCUUUUUUCUUGUAUUGGACUACAUUGGUAUUAACAUGGCUUCGCUGAAUUCCUGCAUUAACCCAAUAGCCCUGUAUUUGGUGAGCAAAAGAUUCAAAAACUGCUUUAAGUCAUGUUUGUGUUGCUGGUGCCAAUCCAAAGACAUGCUGUCCCUGGAGGAAAAACAAUCCUGCUUAAAGUUCAAAGCUGAUGAUCAUGGAUAUGAUAAUUUCCGCUCCAGUAAUAAAUACAGUUCAUCAUAA